AUGCGUCCACCGACCUCUAUGCGUCCGCCGCCCUCGCGCGCCCAAACCGCUACACCCAGUCUCAGCGGAAGACCCUCAGAAAUGCCGACAUCACCAGCACAAUCUGUCCAGGGCGGAAAGAGAAAAGAACGCGAUUUCGAUCAGGACCAGGAUCACGAAACAAACAUCAAUGUAGUUGUGCGCUGCAGAGGUCGCAAUGACCGCGAGCUGCGCGAGAACAGCGGCGUCGUUGUCAAGACUGAUGGUGUCAAGGGCAAGAACGUCGAACUCUCCAUGGGUCCGAGUGCUCUCAGCAACAAGACAUAUCAGUUCGACAAGGUCUUUUCACCUGCUGCAGAUCAGGCCAUGCUUUUUGACGACGUUGUCGAACCUAUCCUAGACGAGGUUCUCGGCGGUUUCAACUGUACCAUUUUCGCAUACGGCCAAACAGGCACUGGAAAGACAUACACCAUGUCCGGCGACAUCACCGAUAUGCAACCUCUACCCGACGCCGCUGGUAUCAUCCCAAGAGUCCUGUAUUCAUUAUUCAACAAGCUGGGCGAGGACACCGAAAGCUCCGUCAAAUGUUCAUUUAUCGAGCUCUACAACGAGGAGUUACGCGACCUUCUGUCUUCCGAGGACAAUGCAAAAUUGAAGAUUUACGACGAUAAUAGCAAGAAGGGUCAAACAACCACUUUGGUACAAGGCAUGGAGGAGUCACAUAUCAAGUCAGCAUCAAAAGGCCUCGAGCUACUUAGGAACGGCAGUCACAAGAGACAGGUUGCCGCCACAAAGUGCAACGAUCUCAGUUCUCGCAGUCACACUGUUUUCACAAUCACCGUCUAUAUGAAACGCGCCACCGAAACCGGAGAGGACUUUGUCAGCGCUGGAAAAUUGAACUUGGUUGAUCUGGCGGGUAGUGAGAAUAUUCAACGCAGUGGCGCUGAGAACAAGCGUGCUGCAGAAGCUGGUCUCAUCAACAAGAGUUUGCUCACUCUAGGUCGCGUUAUCAACGCACUGGUUGAGAAAAGCUCUCAUAUCCCAUACAGAGAGUCCAAACUCACUCGUCUUCUGCAAGACUCUCUUGGAGGACGUACCAAAACUUGCAUCAUUGCCACACUUUCCCCUGCAAAGAGCAAUUUGGAAGAAACGAUAUCUACUCUGGACUAUGCUUUCCGCGCAAAGAACAUCCGCAACAAACCCCAAAUCAACCAGAUGGUCACCAAGAAAACUCUGCUGAAAGAGUUCACCAUGGAGAUUGAGAAGUUGAAGAGCGAACUUAUCGCGACCCGUCAGCGCAACGGUGUCUAUCUCACUCAGGAAGCCUUCGAAGAAAUCACCGUUGAGAGCGAGUCAAGACGUAUCCUUUGUGAUGAACAGAAAGACAAGAUUGAGACGAUGGAGACCAACUUGCGCAACAAGGUUCAGGAACUGUUCAGUCUGACCACUAACUUCAAUGGACUGAAAAAAGAAAAUGAGCAAGCAAAAUUGAUGCUUGACGGAACCAAGAGCCUGCUCGAGAAGACCGAAGUCGUGCUUACUCACACGAAGCGUAGUCUGACUGAGGAAACAUUCAUCAGGAAGGCUCACCAGAAGACUGAAUCAAAACUCGCUGGUAUUGGAGAAGAUCUGCUUGCAACUCUGUCUUCCACUACGGCAGACAUCUCCGGCCUUCACUCAAAGAUUCAAAGAAAGGCGGACUUGCAGUCGCUCAAUCGUGAGAACUGGACUUCAUCAAAAAGCAGAGUCACAAAUUCAACCAGCACGGUCGAGGAAAGAGUUGAGGCUCUCAGACAACGCCAGGAACAGCUUCUCACAUCGAUGUCCACGAGAAUGCAGGGUUUCGUGGCGGACGAGCUGCAAGAGCUUCAACAGUCUCAGAGGUUCCUGCAAGAGAAGGCCGAAGCAUUCCAGAGAUCUGAGAAGGAAGUCAACAUUCAGACCGCCAAAGCCAGAGACGACGUCAAUGAAGUACUUGAGGAGAUUAAGACCCUCCGUGAGGACGUGAAGCAGAAUGUCGGAAAUGGUUUGAACGACCUGUCCGCUGCUGCUCAACGUAUCACUGCUGGCAUCUCCACUGAGCUUGAGAACUUCCACACUCAGCUUCACGCAUCAUAUGUUUCGCUAGGCCGAGAGUUCAAAUCAAUCUUCGAUGAUGUCGUCAAGCAAUUGAGCGAGCAACAAGCUGAGUCUGAACGCUUGCGACAACAGAUCCUGACCGCCAACUCAACAUUUAUGGAAGCUGGGAAAGAGUCUCGCCAAACGUUCGAAGAAGCUAUGGAAGAGGAGCGUCGUCGUGCUGCUGCCGAUCGUGAGAAGAUGCUGUCACAAAUCAGCUCUCUGAUCCAAUCUUCCGCUGAAGCUCAGGAGCGCAGGAUCACCGAACAUAUUGCGCACGCAUCUAAGCGCAUUAAGACUUCGGAGGAUGACUACAGUGUCGCGCGUGAAACCUACAACGAGAAUUCUGAUGCCUUAGCUGCAAAGUCGAAGUCUCUGGUCGAUUCAUGUGUACGCUCGCGCGAAAACGUCAAGGCACAGAUCAAGGGAGACUGGAACGCAGCCAACGACCAGACCGAGAAAAUUAAAGCUACUGCGGAAGCCGUCCAUGGCGAGACAGUGCGUAUUGUCGACACACAGAUGUCGAACAUGGACACCCAACUUAUCUCCCUCGACGAGAUUGUGUCUCGUAUUCGUGCCCAGAACGACACUCAUCACACCGCCCACACGGCAUCCCUCGCUCAACUCUCGAGCGAUGUACAGCUAUCAUAUUCGAACAUCGGAACACACAUGGAGACAUCUUACACGCGCACACAAGGACUCGAUACCGAUAUGCAGAGUCGCACUGCAGAUCUUGCAUCUACCCUACCAGAGCUCAGCUCAUCUGGUGAAAUUGUUCAGACCUUACAUACUCUGCGUGACGAGAUGAAUACUUCUGAGCUCACCGAAUACGUUCCCACUGGUCAGACUCCGGCGAAGGUCGCCUACAGCUACCCUACUACCUUACCACGAACCGCCAACCACGAAUCUUUGCUUGAGCGACUACGCAAUGGUAUCUCUUCCAUCGAAGAGAGCCCGGUCAAAGAGUCACAAAUUCGUAGCAGUCCCAAGAAGCGUGAUGGUCAAUCGCCUUCGAAGGGCAUCAUUUACACAGACAGCCCUGCAGAUGACAAUAUCGAUGCCUCGUCUGAUGCGACAGUCAACAGCGAUGCCGCCCGCAACCGCCCUCAAAGCUUGCCUGGACAGGGUGGACUACGAGAGAUCGAUGUCAACGUCAACGCAGCUUCGCUGCCCCUCUCUACCGAGCAUCCUGAAUCCAGAAUUGGUGUGCUCAAGAGAGGCAACACCAUGCCUCAACUGGAUGCCAGUGCUAAAGUCGACAGCAAGUUGCCUAUGAAGCGACCAACUCGUAUGACGGCUGGCUUGGUUGCUGAAGGUAGAGAGAACCUUGGUGCCGCUGGUGGAGCAGGAACCAGACGAUUGAGACCUCGUGGUAGUGACUGA